AUGGCAUCUCAUCAACCCCCCGCGGUCCCGCAAACGCUUCAAGAUGCGUUAGUGCAGAUGCGCGCCCUAACGCUGCAAGUCCAGCAGCUGCAAACGCAACUGACCGUCGCAGUCGGCACCGUCGAGCAGCAACUCCGCUCCAACGGCGGCGGCGGCGGGGACAGCAACAACAGCUUCUCGUACGACGUCCGCCGGCCGUCGCAGGACCCGUUCAGCGCGCCCGUGGUUCCAUCCAUCGGGUUCUAUGGCGGGCAGCAGGGCGGUGGGUUGUAUCCGCCGGGGGAGUGGAUGGCCAACGGUGGUGGGAUGAUGCCCAAAGGGCGAGCGACACCCCGCCGGCUGUCGAUCGCGCAGAGACAGAUCAUGAUGUCUUCGCCCUCCGGCGUCGCGCAACAACAGCUGUUGAAUAAUUUCCUGUCCGGGUCGGCGGAGGCUGGGUCGGCCGGGUUUAUGGGCCGGCAGCAUCUGGAUCUGCUGAACGAGCUCCCCGCGCUCCCCGACGAGGCGAUCGAGAAGGUUCUUAGUCAUAAUAGCUUGAACGAGCCGGAAGAACAUUCGGGGCAUAAGCAUGGCAAGGGCGGCGGCUUGUGGCGACGCAGCAGCCAGGAGACGUCAAUGUCCGGGCAGCUGAAGCCAAUGACUAAGCGGCAUUUGUUGUCGAGCUCGGUUACCAGUUUGCGGAACGUGAUUAAUAAAGUCAAGAGCGGUGGGAAGGACGAUGCGGCGGCGGCGACGAGCGGGUCCGAUCUGCCUGGGUAUGAUAUUGGCGGCCGGGAGCGGACGGGCUCGUUUGGCGCCGGGACGAGUCACGGCGGUUUGCCCCGCAUCAGUGAUCGACAGUCGAUCGCCGAAUCGAAUGAUGAUGAGGAUAUUGAUGAUGAGAAUAUGACGGCUGGCGAGCAGCAGCCGGUUGCGCACAGCGUGAUUGCGAAGCCGUGGCAGGUGGGGCUGACCGCGAGGAGGAAGUCGCAGCCGUAUGCGGAAGAGGAGCAGCCGGUGAUUCAUCAUGUUCCGGCGAAGAAGUGGGAGAUUAAGGAGGAUGUUGCUCCUCAAAUAGUAGACCUAGAAGCCGGCGAAAUGAAAGUAACCCAACCCGACCCCUCGCUCGACCCCUCCUUCAUCCCCAUCAAGCACCGCCCGCGCAAACACCUCCGCCCAAAAAAGGAGCAAGAAACAAUCGUCUCCUCCAUUGCGGCCUCCACCAAGCGCGCCAUAGUGACGACGUGGACAUACUACUGCACGAUCCCGCGCUACAACGAGUUCUUGAUUCCGUACCCGUAUAAGGAGAUGUUGGAUUUGUAUAAGGUGGCGUUGGAGGCGCCGAGGAAGAGCUGGCUUUGGCAUCCGCUGUGUUUAGCGAGGGCUCUUUGGGAUGUGCUUAUGGCUUUGGUGCUGAUCUUUGCAGUCGUCUUUAUUCCCUUCGUCCUCGCCUUCAUAAAUUACGGCAACCACCUCGCCGACGCCAGCAUCGCCCUCACCGUCAUCUUCGUCGCCGACCUAAUCGUCAACGCCCUCAUCUCCCACCGCACCUCCCACGGCCGCACCGGCGUCGCCAAACUCGCGCCCAUCUGGAAAUUCCUGCACUACGCCACCGACAUCGUCUCCACCAUCCCCUGGGACUUCAUGGUCAGCGGCCAAUACGGCGAAUGCAUGACCAUGCUCCGUCUCCUCCGCAUCCCGCAACUGUUCCGCAUCUUUUCGAGCAACCCUUUGCUCCGGCGGCUGAGCACGCGGUGUCAGAAGUUUCUGGGCGUUGGGGAGAGUUUUUCGACGCUGUGUGUGUAUAUGGGUGGGCUGGCGCUGUAUUUCCACGUGUUUUCGUGUACGGUGUUGUUGUUGGGGAAGGUGCAUCACUUUGAGGGGUGGCAUGAGGUGGAGUAUGUGGCGGAGAAGACGGUGCCGGAGCAGUAUACGUUUGGGUUCUUUGUGGCCGCGUUCCAUGCCCAUGCGCUCAAACCCAAAAACAUCGACGAACAAUGGAACAUCAUGCUCUCCGCCAUCAUCUCCGCCGCGAUGCACGGCGCCGUGCUGGGUUCCAUCUCCUCGCUGAUGAGCAGUCUGGACCCCAUGGGGCGCAUGUACAAGCACAAGAUCGAGGAGGUCAAUGAGUACAUGAAGUACAAGAACGUGGAUCCUGCGCUGCGGGAUAGGGUGAAUGAGUUUUUCCAUUUGAAGUAUCGUGGGAAGUAUUUCAAGGAACGGGAGUUGUUGGGAGAAUUGAAUGAUAAUUUGAGACAGGAGAUUCUGGUGAAUAACUGUCGGGAGCUGGUGGGCAAAGUCAGCUUCUUGUCGCGCAAGAUGGAUGAUGGCCGGGACGAGAUCUUUUUGGGACGGAUUGCAUCGGCUUUGAAAGCCGUGUAUUACCUGACUGGGGACAUCAUUUUUGAGCAGGGCAAGGUCGGAAAUGAAAUGUUCUUCAUCAUCUCCGGCUCCGUGGACGUCAUCAUCAACACAAAAGUCGUCGGCACCCUCAACUCGGGCCAAUUCUUUGGCGAAGUCGCUCUCCUCGCCCAAACCGCACGGACCGCGACCAUUCAAGCACAGACCAACGUGGUCGCGUACCAGCUCGACGGGUCCGAUUUCGACGAGAUCGUCGAGGACUUUGACGACAUGGCGGUGAAUAUCCGCCGGGUCUAUGAGGAAAGAGUGGCCAAGAUCUAUGCCAGCCAGGGGAAACCGCCGCCGCUGGUGGUGGGCGCGCAUGGCAAGCCCCCGAUGCAGCAGCCGCCGGUGCCGGUGGAUCAUGAUACGGCGACGAGGUGGAGUGCGGCGAAACAGGCGGCGGCUGCGGCGAGUAGUAGGGCGAUUUUGAGGACUGAGGCGAUGGCCGAAAAGGACAACAACUCUUCAGGAAACAUCAGAGAUUCGGAUAGAUCGCAAAAGUAGCGCCUAUAAAUGCAUUUGGCGGAAUGUAGGGUGUUAA